CGCGGGCUUCGCCUCUCUCCGCCGCGCGCGCCGCUUCCUGCUGUGGCCCCCUCGUCGUCCCGGGGAAAGUUCGCCUCGCUCGCACUCAGCGGCCCGUCGUCCGCGUCCGCGUCCUCGCCUGCAGCACCCGAAGAGCCAUGGCCGAUUCCCAGGAGGACAAGCUGUACAAGGCGGAGUACGCCAAGAGCGGCCGAGCGUCGUGCAAGAAAUGCAAGGAGAACAUCGCGAAGGACUCGCUGCGCAUGGCCAUCAUGGUGCAGUCGCCCAUGUUUGAUGGGAAGGUCCCCCACUGGCACCACUUCUCUUGCUUCUGGCAGCGAGCCGCAGCCCAGUCCCCCACGGACAUCGAUGGGUACUCUGCCCUCCGCUGGGAAGACCAGGAGAAGGUGAAGAAGGCCAUAGAAACCGGCGGAGCCGCGGGAGGAAAAGGGGAGCCGAAGAGUGGAGCUAAAGGGGAGAAGACGCUCAACGACUUUGCGGUGGAAUACGCCAAGUCGAACCGCAGUACAUGCAAGGGCUGUGAGCAGAAAAUAGAAAAGGAUCAGAUUCGCGUGUCCAAGAAGACUGUGGACCCAGAGAAGCCCCAGCUCGGGCUGAUCGACCGCUGGUACCACACGGCGUGUUUCGUCGGUGGCAGGGAGGAGCUGGCCUUCAAACCUGAAUACAGUGCUGCCCAGCUGAAGGGCUUCAACGCACUACGGGCUGAAGACAAGGAAGAGCUGAAGAAAAGGCUUCCUGCUGUCAAGUCUGAAGGAAAGCGUAAAACUGAUGAGGUGGACGGAGUGUCAAAGAAACAGAAGAAGGAAGAAGAGGAUGAGAAGAAAAAGCUGGAGGAGCAGUUGAAGAACCAAAGCCAGCUGAUCUGGGGAAUCAAGGACAAGCUGAGGAAGUUUUGUUCCAUUAACGACAUGAAGGAGCUGCUAAUCGCAAACGGCCAGGAGGUUCCCUCCGGAGAGUCCAACGUGGUCGACUGCCUGGCCGACGGAAUGACCUUCGGUGCCCUUGAGGCCUGUAAGGAGUGCAAGGGCCAGCUGGUGUUCAAGGGUGACGCUUAUUACUGUACAGGGGACAUUUCAGCUUGGACAAAGUGUGUGUUCAAAACGGCAACACCUGUACGCAAGGACUGGGUCACCCCCAAGGAAUUCAAUGAGGUUGCCUUCCUGAAAAAGUUCAAGUUCAAGCGACAGGACAGGGUUUACCCCAAGGACGCUUCCAACCAAAACCCGACAGCUGCCAAAGCCAAACCCCUGGCGAGCGCAUCCAGCGCCCCGACCGAGAGGCUGCCAGAAGGAGCACCUUCAGACAAACCUCUGACGGGUAUGAAACUGUUCACUGUGGGUAAGCUGACCAAGAACAAGGACGAUCUGAAGGCUGCGGUUGAGGAGUUGGGUGGAAAGAUUAGCAGCACAGCCAGUAAGGCCUCUCUCUGCAUCAGCACCAAGAAGGAGGUGGAGAAGAUGACCAAGAAAAUGGAGGAGGCGAGGGACGCUGGCGUGCGCGUGGUCUCCGAGGAUUUCCUCACGGAUGUCACGUCGUCGGGUAAAGCUCUCCAGGAACUGGUCUCCCUGCAUGCCAUCUCGCCAUGGGGCGCAGAGGUCAAAGUCGAGGCCCAGGCUCCCUCCGUGGCGUCCAAGUCUGGAGAGCUGGCCACCAAGAGCAUGGGGAGAGUGAAGGAGGAGGGAGGGAGCAGCAAAGCCAAGAAGAUGAAACUCACAGUUAAAGGAGGAGCUGCUGUGGAUCCAGAUUCAGGUCUUGAGAACAGCGCUCAUGUCCUGGAGCAGAAUGGGAAGAUGUACAGUGCCACGCUGGGUCUCGUGGAUAUUGUCAGAGGAACUAAUUCCUACUAUAAACUGCAGCUGCUGGAGGAUGAUGUACAGAAAAGGUACUGGGUGUUCAGGUCGUGGGGUCGCGUGGGCACCACCAUCGGAGGCAACAAGCUGGACAAGUUUCACGACAAGAACUCUGCCAUGGACAACUUCCUGGCUGUGUACAAGGAGAAGACGGGCAACGACUGGGGCUCCUCCAACUUCACCAAAUAUCCCAAUAAGUUCUACCCGCUGGAGAUUGACUAUGGACAGGAUGAGGAGGCAGUGAAGAGGCUGACAGCCAGCGCGGGCACCAAGUCCAAGCUGGCCAAACCUGUGCAGGAGCUGAUCAAGAUGAUCUUUGAUGUGGAGAGCAUGAAGAAGGCCAUGGUGGAGUUUGAGAUUGACCUCCAGAAGAUGCCCCUUGGAAAGCUGAGUAAGAGGCAGAUCCAGAGUGCCUAUGCUCUGCUCACUGAAGUACAGCAGGCUGUGUCGGAUUGUCUGUCAGAGGCGCAGGUACUGGAUCUCUCUAAUCGCUUUUACACCCUGAUACCUCACGACUUUGGCAUGAAGAAACCUCCACUGCUCAACAACCUGGACUACAUUCAGGCUAAAGUACAGAUGUUGGACAACCUGUUGGAUAUUGAAGUGGCAUACAGUCUGCUCAGAGGAGGGGCCCAGGAUAAUGAGAAUGAUCCCAUCGACAUCAACUAUGAGAAACUCAGAACCAAGAUUGAGGUUGUUGACAAGAGCACAAAGGAGGCUGAGAUCAUUACGCAAUAUGUGAAGAACACCCACGCUGCUACACACAACACUUACACACUGGAAGUGCAAGAAAUCUUCAAAAUUGUUCGUGAGGGCGAGCGCCAGCGGUACCGUCCCUUCGAGGAGCUACACAACCGCCAGCUCCUGUGGCACGGUUCGCGCACCACCAACUACGCUGGUAUCUUGUCUCAGGGUCUUCGUAUUGCCCCUCCAGAGGCCCCAGUGACUGGUUACAUGUUCGGCAAAGGUGUGUACUUUGCCGACAUGGUGUCCAAGAGUGCAAACUACUGUCACACUUCCCAGUCAGACUCUGUAGGUCUCUUACUGCUGGCUGAGGUUGCCCUUGGCAACAUGCAUGAACUGAAGAAGGCCUCCCACAUUACAAAAUUACCGAAGGGCAAACACAGUGUUAAAGGUGUGGGGAGAACUGCUCCUGAUCCCAGUGCUGAGGUCACUUUGGACGGAGUGCAAGUGCCUCUGGGAAAAGGAGCCAACACUAACAUUGAUGACACAAGUCUACUGUACAACGAGUACAUUGUGUAUGACGUGGCUCAGGUAAAUAUGAAGUAUCUCCUGAAGAUCAAGUUUAACUACCAGACGUCCCUGUGGUGAGAGAAGCUGUGUCCGAAACGUCCUUCAGUAAAAACAAAGACCACUGCUGCCUCCAAACGCCUGGGCUUCACUUUCUGCAACAGAAGAUGUUCGUCAAAGGACUGAUGCUACAACACCCUUUACAAUGGUCAUUGGAAAUUUUAAGUCACUUUAUUGCUUUUUCAUCAGGUUUACUAGCUGGCAGCCUUUCUCAGUUUUACAUUAGGUACUUAAAUACCUAAUUCUGACGCAUAAGACUGCAGAUCUUAGCUCAAUACACUAGAUGAAGCAUGGUUCAUACCACAUAAAAAAGGUUUUGGUUUAGAGAUGAACAUCAGAAAUGUUAGUUUUCUUUCUCAUACGAUAAUGUUUCAUUUGAGAAGGGUCUAAUUUCUUCAUUCUUUUAAAACUGUAGGCGUAGCACUGCAAAAUGAAUAGUUCUGAGUUGUGAACGACCAGUCUGCAGACACAUAAACCCAUGUUUAUAUGUUGCAAAGGUUCCCCAGUAUAGUAGCUCCUAAGAUGAACAUCUUGUAGACUGUUAGGUUCAAAGAAACUGUACAAGGUUUGACCUGUAAAUACGUGCUUUGUUUGUCUCUCAAGCUGUCUUCCUUGCUGAAAGUUAUGGGUAAAAAAUGACAAACAGUGUAGUUCAUGUUUAUGCAAAGUAUUCUGCGAUACUGCCAUUCGUCUGUGUUACACUUUUUCUCAGUGUUUUUCUUGCUUAUCGAACAUAAUAAAACAUUUGAAAGAAAA